AUGAAUAAAAAAGAAGACGAGUACAAGAUUCUUCUAGAAAAAAGCUUUGAAGCAUCAUUUUUAUGAGGAAGAUUAAACUUGCUAAACGAUAGCAUAGAUAAUGAGUUUAAAGCCAAAUUGCACUCAAACCAGUUUAAAACAUAUAUUUUUACCCCUUUUCUUUGCUUCGGGUUGCUAUCAGUGUAUAAAAAAUACAAUGAAUACCUGCCUAAAGGACAAUUCAAGAAAAUUGCUAUAAUAACAGUCCCUGGGUUGUUUGGUAUCAAUCUAUUUACAAGUUGGCUAGAAUCUGAUGUGAAAUAUAAAGAAAUGAGAUCCUUUUUAAUGUCAAGAUAUGAACAGCAGCUUCUAGCGCUGAUCCCUUGCUAAAAUAAUACAAAUUAUUUGAAUGAGCCACGCUGGAACUCUGGAAUCUCCAUCUGCAACGACAAAGGCCACAAUGAAAUGGGACACAAAAGGGUAAUAGAACCAAGUUCGAGUCUAAGAGAGGCAAAAAUUAGGUGUAGCGUAUCUGGGCAACAGAGUCCUCCAGGUGAUUUUAGAGAUUUUCCAAAUCAGAAUACAAACUAUCAUCCUCAGCCUUAUCAGCAGCCAAAUUAUGGAAAUAGUUAUAAUCAGCCUUUUCAAUCGCAGAAUUUUAAUACAGGAAAUGCCCAGUCAAGUUUUAAUCCUGGAAAUGCUCAGCCUUAUCAACAACCAAAUUUCGGCACUAGUAAUACUCAGCCUUAUCAGCAGCCUAAUUUUAAUCCUGAAAAUACUAAGCCUUAUACUUAUCAACCACCAAACUUCAACACCUCAAAAGGCAAUCCCCAGCCUUACUCUUUCCAGCCGAACCCUACAAAUAGUAAUCCUCAGCCUUAUUCGUAUCAGCAACCAAACUAUGGCACUCAAAAUAAUGCUCAGCCUUACCAACAGCCAGAUUUUAGCAGCAGCCAGUCUUCAUCUUAUUAUCAGCAUCCUGAUAAUUGGCAGAAUACCAACCCAUGGAGUAAUGAAAGAGAAAAUUUAGCUAGUGGCAGCCAAUUUUCAGACAACAGAAACGAGAUAUCAAGCCAAAAAGCUAAGCCUAUCGAGAUUAAUCCAGAUGAAAACCCUUAUUUAGCGACAAUGCCAAAGCAUUCUUCACAGAACAAGCCUUCAAAUCCGCCUUCAAAAGGAGGCUAUAUUUAG